GUUUCGAGUAUAUAAAUGAUGCUUGAAAGACAAACUUGAUCAGAAGAGAAAGAUGGAAGCUCUGACUCUCCUUCUCUGUCUGCUUCUAACUACCUUUCAAGCAAAUACCAUUGGGUCAUGGACAACAGAUAACUGGCUGGAUUUCACUGAAAGUUUUUCAGAACCAUGCGGUGGCAAUAUGACAGAUUGGAGGGGUGUGUUAUUAAGUCCCUGGUACCCUAAUAACUACCCUAAUAACGCACAAUGCACCUGGACCAUUCAUAGCACAGGGAACUCAACUGUGUCAUUGAUCUUCACUGACGUUGAUUUGGAAACAUGCUGUGAUUACAUCAAAGUAUAUGACGGUCCUUCUACCCUCCAUCCCUUACUGGGAGAAAUACGGGAGUACAGGAACCAGUCGUUCAAAUCCAGCAACAAUGAUCUGACAGUGUUUUUCUACAGUGACAGCAGUGUAACACGUAGAGGAUUUUAUGCAACCUGGCUCUUUGUAGAUGCUGGGGACAUCAACACCACCUAUACAACUAUCACACCAGAGACCAAUUCAUCUGAACCAUGCGGUGGCAAUAUGACAGAUUGGAGGGGUGUGUUAUUAAGUCCCCGGUACCCUAAUAACUACCCUAAUAACGCACAAUGCACCUGGACCAUUCAUAGCACAGGGAACACAACUGUGUCAUUGAUCUUCACUGACGUUGAUUUGGAAACAUGCUGUGAUUACAUCAAAGUAUAUGACGGUCCUUCUACCCUCCACCCAUUUCUGGGAGAAAUACGGGAGUACAGGAACCAGUCGUUCAAAUCCAGCAACAAUGAUCUGACUGUGUUUUUCAACAGUGACAGCAGUGUAACACGUAGAGGAUUUUAUGCAACCUGGCUCUUUGUAGAAUCAUGUGGUGGCUAUAUGACAGACUGGAUGGGUGACUUCUCCAGUCCUCGGUACCCUAAUAACUACCCUGAUAACUCAUAUUGCACAUGGACCAUUCAUAGCACAGGGAACAUGACGGUGUCACUGACCUUCACCGAUGUUGUUUUGGAAACAUGCUGUGAUUACAUUAAAGUGUAUGAUGGUCCUUCUACCCUCCACCCCUUACUGGGAGAAAUACGGGAGUACAGGAACCAGUCUUUCAAAUCCAGCAGCAAUGAUCUGACAGUGUUUUUCUACAGUGACAGCAGUGUAACACGUAGAGGAUUUCACGCAAACUGGGUCUUUGUAGAUGUUGGGAACAUCAACACCACCUAUACAACUAUCACACCAGAGACCAAUUCAUCUGAACCAUGCGGUGGCAAUAUGACAGAUUGGAGGGGUGUGUUAUUAAGUCCCCGGUACCCUAAUAACUACCCUAAUAACGCACAAUGCACCUGGACCAUUCAUAGCACAGGGAACGCAACUGUGUCAUUGAUCUUCACUGACGUUGAUUUGGAAACAUGCUGUGAUUACAUCAAAGUGUAUGAUGGUCCUUCUACCCUCCACCCCUUACUGGGAGAAAUACGGGAGUACAGGAACCAGUCUUUCAAAUCCAGCAGCAAUGAUCUGACAGUGUUUUUCUACAGUGACAGCAGUGUAACACGUAGAGGAUUUCACGCAAACUGGGUCUUUGUAGAUGUUGGGAACAUCAACACCACCUAUACAACUAUCACACCAGAGACCAAUUCAUCUGAACCAUGCGGUGGCAAUAUGACAGAUUGGAGGGGUGUGUUAUUAAGUCCCCGGUACCCUAAUAACUACCCUAAUGACACACAAUGCACCUGGACCAUUCAUAGCACAGGGAAUGCAACUGUGUCAUUGAUCUUCACUGACGUUGAUUUGGAAACAUGCUGUGAUUACAUCAAAGUAUAUGACGGUCCUUCUACCCUCCACCCAUUUCUGGGAGAAAUACGGGAGUACAGGAACCAGUCGUUCAAAUCCAGCAACAAUGAUCUGACUGUGUUUUUCUACAGUGAUCACAGUGUAACACGUAGAGGAUUUUAUGCAACCUGGCUCUUUGUAGAAUCAUGUGGUGGCUAUAUGACAGACUGGAUUGGUGACUUCUCCAGUCCUCGGUACCCUAAUAACUACCCUGAUAACUCAUAUUGCACAUGGACCAUUCAUAGCACAGGGAACAUGACGGUGUCACUGACCUUCACCGAUGUUGUUUUGGAAACAUGCUGUGAUUACAUCAAAGUAUAUGAUGGUCCUUCUAGCCACCACACCUUACUGGGAGAAAUACGGGAGUACAGGAACCAGUCUUUCAAAUCCAGCAACAAUGAUCUGACUGUGUUUUUCUUCAGUGAUGGCAGUUCAACAAAAAAAGGAUUUCAUGCAAACUGGGUCUUUGUUGAUUCCAAUUCAUGCAGGAAUAACUGCGGAUACUCCUUUGGCAGUUGUUCAUGUGACUACUCCUGUCAGUACAAUAGUAACUGUUGUUCCGACUACAACUAUUACUGCUCAAGUACAACCAUUUGGCCACAACCUACAACAGAAAUUACCACUGAAUCAUGGACCACAGAUUCUAAUUCAUGCAGGAAUAACUGUGGAUACUCCUUUGGCAGUUGUUCAUGUGACUACUCCUGUCAGUACAAUAGUAACUGUUGUUACGACUACAACUAUUACUGCUCAAGUACAACCAGUUGGCCACAGCCUACAACAGAAAUUACCACUGAAUCAUGGACCACAGAUUCUAAUUCAUGCAGGAAUAACUGUGGAUACUCCUUUGGCAGUUGUUCAUGUCACUACUCCUGUCAGUACAAUAGUAACUGUUGUUCCGACUACAACUAUUACUGCUCAAGUACAAUCAGUUGGCCACAGCCUACAACAGAAAUUACCACUGAAUCAUGGACCACAGAUUCUAAUUCAUGCAGGAAUAACUGUGGAUACUCCUUUGGCAGUUGUUCAUGUCACUACUCCUGUCAGCACAAUAGUAACUGUUGUUACGACUACAACUAUUACUGCUCAAGUACAACUAUUUGGCCACAACCUGCAAUAGAACAUGUGAAUUGUUCCUCAGACAACAUGGUCAUUGUCAUUCAGAUGUCUUACCUGAAUUCACUCGGGUUGAGGGGAAAUGACCUUUAUGUGGAUGACCGUCUUUGCAGACCCAACAUUAGCAGUACUGAGGUUGUGUUCAGAUUCCCACUUGAUGCAUGUGGAACCGUCAAAGGGAUGAUGAAUAGUUAUGUGUCCUACACCAACAAUGUGCGGGCCUCUCAGUCUCAAUCAGGUACAAUCACCCGUCAGUCAAAUUUCCUGCUACGCGUGGGCUGCCGAAUGGAGCCAGACACCAUGGUGCAGAUAUUCUACAAGGCCAGGGAGAACAUCAAUGCCAACAUCACAGGAACAGGCCACUUCGGGGCCAACAUAGCCUUCUACACCUCCAACAGUUUCUACCAACAGAUUUAUGACUCUCCAUAUGAAGUGAACCUAAAUCAGCUUUUGUAUGUUCAGAUCACGCUAAACAGGCCUGACAACAGUCUGCUUCUCUUUCUGGACACCUGUGUAGCGUCUCCAAAUCCCAAUGACUUCAAAGAUCGCUCCUACGACCUGCUGCGUAACGGAUGUCGCAGAGACAACACAUAUUAUUCCUACACCAGCGGUGAACACUACUAUGCUCGGUUCAGUUUCCAGGCUUUCAAGUUCCUCCGGACUCACACCUAUGUGUACCUGCAGUGUAAGGUGAUCAUCUGCCCCAGUAACGAUUACAACUCUCGCUGCCGCCAAGGUUGUCGCCCCCGGCGCAAGAGAUCCCUUGACAGCACCUACCACACCAACACUGUGACGCUGGGGCCAAUCAAACUCAAAGGAGCAUAGGACAGUGACGUGCUUUCACAGACAGCAUGGGAAGAUGAAGGCAACAGGGAUUUGAUCAUCCGCUUUUUCAUUUCUGAUUUGUAUCAUUAAUCACAUCACAUUAUCUUUCCUAAUGAUGUAUUUUUCCUGAAUUCAUUAAAGCAAUUCAUUAAAGCAA